CAGAGUGGGUUGCGUGCAUGUGCCCGUGUGCGCAUGUGUGUAUGAGCCCCGUGUGUCAGAGUAAGAAUAAAAAAUCCACUUUGGCGUUUUUUCCUGCUUUCCCUCCACUCCUGCUUUUUUAUUGGAGGAAAUGUGGUCAGCUGACAAUGUCAUCUUGUCCAUCUUGGAGCGAAGCUUCAGAAACAACAUUCGCUUGUGUGCACGGUGUCUUUAUUGGCGACCGGAAAUAAAUUAUAAAGAAAUCAUAUAGCUCGGGCACCUCCAUUAAAAGAUAGACUGACACAGCGAAAGUGAGUGACUGAGUGACUGACUGCAAGAGCGAGACUAGAGUGAGAGAGAGGGAGUGUGUGAGAGAGAACAGUGAGAGUAAGGGAGGGAGGGAGAGAGAAAGAGUGGGAGCAAGGGAUUGAGGGUUUAGGAGAGAGGUAUGAAUUCCUAUUUCGCAAACCCGUCGCUCUCGUGCCAUUUAGCCGGUGGCCAGGAGGUACUACCCAACGUGGCCCUAAAUUCGACCACUUAUGACCCGGUUCGGCACUUCUCGUCCUACGGCGCUGCUGUGGCGCAAAACCGGAUAUACUCCUCGCCUUUCUACUCUCCACAAGACAACGUCGUUUUCGGCUCUGGCCGGGGACCCUACGACUAUGGAUCAAACGUCUUCUACCAGGACAAGGACGUCCUUCCCAGCUGCAGACAGACGAGCCUGGGCCAGGGCGCACAGAGUUCGCUGGGACAAGACUAUACCACGGAGCAGGGCAGGAGUGUGUCUCAGGACCCGAAGGGCAGCAUUCAGAUUUACCCGUGGAUGCAGCGCAUGAACUCUCACAGUGGAGUCGGUUACGGGUCAGACAGACGAAGAGGUCGACAGAUCUACUCCCGAUACCAAACUCUCGAACUCGAAAAGGAAUUCCAUUUCAAUCGCUACCUGACGAGACGCAGACGCAUCGAGAUUGCCAACAUGCUGUGCCUCACCGAACGCCAGAUCAAAAUCUGGUUCCAAAACCGUCGUAUGAAAUGGAAAAAGGAAAGCAACCUGACCUCCACCCUCACAGACACUGGCACGACGGGAACCAGCCAGGAGACGGGCAAGGAGGACGCCGAGGAGUCGACUGACGAGAAGAAAGAGUGAGCGGAGUCUCCUCGACCUGCUUUCAAGAGCGGUACACUUAAGCAUCGUGGUGUACGGGAUAACUGAAACUACCUAUUGACUACCUUUCGUUUGGCACAAUUCAUCGACAUGACAAAGAAGACGUGGACUGCUGCAAAUGCAAUGCGAACCCCAUUCAACAGCCAUAGUAUACAUGCUCUGUCAUUCCACUUGAGUUGUAGAUGAGUAACAGGCUGCGCUACAGAAUACAGAUCUAUUCCAGACUUUUUCCAUUCCCCGAAACAUACGUUUGUGGACUUGUCGUUGUAAAAGCCAAACACAAUUUCACUGUAUUUUUUUUGCCUUGAAAUAGCCAACACCUUUGCCAUCAGUCACAAAGGACAGCAAAACAUCUGACUGGGGGGAAAAAAGUCACAGGUGAGCGGGAAAUGGAGAUGUAAUUGUGAAGGAAAAGAACUUCGCGUUAACUUUUUUUAUGCUUUGACCAUGCCUAUAUAAGUUUUUUUUAUUAUUAUUUUGAUGUAUAAACCGAACAUUGUAUGCUGAAAGAAAUAUUCACUGAUCGCUCCCUCAUACUACCUGAGUUGUGAAUAUGUUUGUAAAUAUGACAUACGUCAAGCCUUGCUCCUGUGCGAGAGAGUUAAGGAACGCAAGUCGUUACUGUAAUGUUACUAGGUACUAUAUUUAUGUUUAGAAAUAUACCGAGUUAAGACAUCACAUGUAUGGUUAUAUCAUUAUUAAAACAUGCCUUUCAAUCGUAGUAUUAGAUGAGUUAGCUCAAUAAGUGUUGUAUGAAACGUAUGCCACCUCAUAUGUAAUAAAAAAUCUUGCUAUGGAAACGUCGAGUCCUGUGUUGUUCUUCUUUCUCAUGUUCUAUCAUGCAGUAAAUAAAAUGUCAUCUGUGUUUCGAUUAGAUACAUAACUUCCUGAACAAAUAGUAUACAUCUCCAGUUACCGUACUCGUGUU